GUGAACGGAAGUGAACAGUGACCAAGAACAAUUUCCACGUUAGCGUUUUUAUUGUUGUUAUUUAACGUUUAUUAACAAACUGGAACUCAAUAUGAAUACUUUAGCUGCAUAACAUCACAUACUUACCUCAGUUAUUCUUUAAUUCACGUUGGAGACAGGACUUGGUUGAUAGUUAUCUAAUAGGUAACGCUAUCUAGCUGUUAGCUAAUAAUGGCUAACUGUAUGGUUUUUCACACUCAAAUAGCCUCCAUCAUGGAAGUGCUAGCGAAUGCAGCAGUGACAGAGAUCUGUAAACUCGUAGAUGACGACUAUGCAGUGUUUCGUUUGGAAAUUUCGCAAAGCCAGAAAGAAAACAGGGGAUUGCGGAGGAAACUACAGCUACUGGAACUGAAGGUGGCACGGGAGCGCGCAGAGAGGACAAUUAGAGAGCGCGCCAUCGCCAGUCGUCCCAGUAGUGUCAAGAUACUUGACGGAUACAGAGGAAUGGCAAGAGGUGAAGGACAUCUCACUGGAGGCCACAGGAGCUUUGUGAAGCCAGCGGGUCACAACGCGUGGAGAGAUGACCAACCAAUCACUGUUGAUGAGGGGAGUGGAACCUCAACCCAGCAUGUUAUCGUGAUAGAGUCUGCAGAUACAGAGGGUGCAGGUCCUGGGGUCAAGCAGGAGAGGACUGAAGAAAAGGACCCAAGACACAGCAGAGACAUCCAGACUGGAGCAGCGGCUGCAGUGGCGCCCCCUGUAGCCACAGAGGACCUCUUCACCGCCAUCGCGCCCCAGGCCAGGCCCCGACGCAGCAUCACGGAGGAGGAGGAGGGUCCAGAGGUGCUGCUGGUGAAGGAGGAGGGUCUGGGGAACCCUGAAGGGACCAUGGUCAUGGAGGACAACCAGACUACACCUCCUCCUGAACCUACAGAGGAACCAGCUGAACAGCACAGGAACACACACAGUCUCACUGAGCCAGUAGACAUGGAGGAUGGGAAGCCUGAUCUGCUGCUGGUCAAAGAGGAGACAAUAGAGGACGAACCAGAGAGCAUUGACCUGCUGAGUGGACUAAAGAUGGGGGAGCAAGGUGGUUGGCUGGAGGCUAACAGAGGAGACUGGGGAGCCAUCUUGGAUUCCCAGACGGGUGCAGCAAAGGGCCCAGGGGACAACGUCAUUGAGCAGGCCAGGACCAGAGGCGACUUAGUGGAGGUCAGUGGAUGGGACAGCUUCCUCAACUCUGGGCUGGGGAACAACACUGUUAACCACAGACAGAAACAGACAGUCGAACACAAAACGACAACCGAACUUAGUCUUCAUGACAACAGACUGUCUGAGACCAGGGCGAGGCGUAGAUUUGGUCUGCGGGGACGGACAGAUUUCCGAAUGCGGCAGGAGAGAACAGACAGAGACUUGGCUAAAGAUGCUCCGUCCUGCUCCUAUAAUUGUGAUUCAGAGAGACUGAUGGUGCCUCAGGUUAACCCCCUAACAGGUGCUGCCUUCAGCCUGCCUUCUAUAGGAUCUAUCAACUGGAACAUGGACCCUGCGACAACACAGACACUACCUGGCCUUCAUCCUCCACCCACUCUCCUAAUGUUAAACCAGACCUCAGACAAUGCCAGUGCCUCAACACUAAAUGGCAACACAAGCCUGUUGACAAAUGACAGUAGUAGUAACGCUAUCAGCAGAUCCGGUGGCAAAGAGAAGCGCUUCCAGUGUUUGUUCUGUGGGAAAGCCUUCAGUUUCCCCAAACAGGUGGAGAUCCACCAGAGGAUGCACACAGGGGAGAAACCAUUCAGCUGUACCCAGUGUCAUAUGCGCUUUGGCCAGGCAGGUCACCUGAAGAGACACCAGAGGGUCCACACAGGGGAGAAACCCUACAGCUGCCCCCAGUGUGAGAAGAGGUUCUCCCACCAGCACCAGCUGAAGAGGCACCUGAAGGUCCACACGGGCGAGAGGCCGUUCGCCUGUAUGCACUGCAAGAAGAGGUUCUCAGAGAGGAGCUACCUCAGGAUACACCAGCAGAAAAUGCAUGACAUGCCAAGCAUUAAGACGGACGCAGACAAGCCGUAUGCCUGCCCAACAUGUGGGAAGCGCUUUACUGAGGCGAACUAUGUGAAGAAGCACCAGACCGUUCACACCAAGGAGAGGCCCUUCAAGUGCAAAGACUAUGCAGUGUUUCGUUUGGAAAUAACCCAAAGCCAGAAAGAAAACAGAGCAUUGCGGAGGAAACUACAGCUACAGGAACUGAAAGUGGCACGGGAGCGCGUCCUGCCGAGUCGUCCCAAUAGUGUCAAGAUCCUCGACCGAUACAGAGGAAAGGCAAGAGGUGAAGGACAUCUCGCUGGAGGCCACAGGAGCUUUGUGAAGCCAGCAGGACACAACGUGUGGAGAGAUGACCAACCCAUAGCUAUAGAUGAGGGGAGUGGAACCUCAACCCAGCAUGUUAUUGUGAUAGAGCCUGCAGAUGCAGAGGCUGCAGGUCCUGGAGGAUCGUCUCUGGUCAAGCAGGAGAGGACUGAAGGAGAGGACCCACGACACACCAGAGACAUCCAGACUGGAGCAGUGGCUGGAGUGGCGCCCCCUGUAGCCACGGAGGACCUCGCCACCACGACCCAGCCCAGGACCCGACCCAGCAUCCCGGAGGUCAGUGGAACGCUGAACGCCGUCCUCACGUCAGAGACAGACACCGAGAAUUUAACUGUAACACACAGGCUCUUACACAAAGGAUCUGACCACGGAUCAGACCAAGAGAGACUGGUGCUGGGGCGACUGGGCUCUCCUCCUGCACCCGGCUCAGAGUAUUUACUUUACGGUAACCCGAGCCCGAGGAUGGUUCAUUCCCAUCAGGACUCAAGGGACACGUUCGAGACUGGCAAUGAUCUGUCUUGUUCUUACAAUACAGAGAUGGACCCUGGCAACAUGCCCUUGGGUUUAGAGACACAGACUGAUCUGUCUAGAGGGGACUGGAACCAGUACAGUAGUAGUGUAUACUCUGAAGGGUGCCUAGAUAAGAAAGGGGAGGUUAUAGUGAUAGAUGAGGUGACUGUGAAAGUGGAGGGCGACGCUCCUCUGACAUGGAAUGCAGACGAGACUCAUUUAUGGGAAGGACACUCGCAGGGCAACACCAGUGACUUCUUAGACUGUAGGGAUAGGUUAGAGACAAAUCUAAAUGUCGCGACCCACUCCCCUUUACACACGCUCAGGGAUCGCGACCCAGUGUCCACGUCGAUGGCACCUUCUGAUUCACAUGGCCGUGUCUUUUUCGAUCAGGUAUUUAACUCCAACGACAGGGCUAGAGACAAGGCUCGGGGAGGGGGAGAAACAUCAGGCAAUAGUAAAGAGAAGCGGUUCCUCUGCAUGUUCUGUAACAAAGGCUUCAGCUGCCUCCAGAAGGUGGAGAUCCACCAGAGGGUCCACACAGGGGAGAAUCCCUUCAGUUGUACCCAGUGUGAGAAGAGGUUCUCCCGCCAGGACCACCUGAAGAGGCACCAGAGGGUCCACACAGGGGAGAAACCCUUCAGCUGCCCCCAGUGUGAGAAGAGCUUCUCCCAGGCUGGUGACCUCAAGAGGCACCAGAGGGUCCACACAGGGGAGAAACCCUUCAGCUGUACCCAGUGUCACAUGCGCUUUGCCCUGGCUGGCAACCUGAAGAUGCACCUGAAGGUCCACAAGGGAGAGAGGCCGUUCACCUGUAUGCACUGUGGGAAGAGGUUCUCAGAGAGGAGCUACCUCAGGACACACCAGCAGAAAAAACAUUCCGCUUUAUAACAUAUAAAGUAACAGAUUUCAGUGUUGAAUAUUCCUGGGUAGAAUAUUGCAUCCAGACAUUGUGUGAUAUACAGUGCCUUCAGAAGGUAUUCACAUCCCUUGACUUUCUCCACAUUUUGUUG